UGAGCGAAACAGGAAGCUCAGCAGUCUGUUCGAGUCGAUAUGCGUUGUCGGUGAGUUAAGCUGCCACGGAGCAAUAUUUUGGGCGUUGUUAUAUAGUUGAAAUGUCACGAAUGGAUUCUUGACAACUCCAACUGAAUGUAGCGUUUGAUAUAUUUAAUUUAAAGAGUGAACAAGUUGCGCGACAAUGAUGUCAGAAUGCGAUCCGGCAGAGACAUGCGAGCCAAUGUCGGACGCGGUGACGGCAACAGCCGAGGUGUCUACGCCGGAGUCCAACUUCCACACCGUGCGACCUCCGAGCGUUUUAUUUGACAAAAACAUGACAGUGUCGGGGCUCCAGGCAACCCCGGGAGUCGCUGUUCGAAUUUCGGACUCGCGUGAAAGCGUCUUGAUCGAACUUGAAACGGAAGGCUCCGGUGAAGACACUCUGCUGCUUCCGUGCCACACUGAAGGCUCGUCUCCGCCGAGAGGAGCCCGAGACAAGAGGAGCAAGCGGAACAGACACAGCUCAUCGUCGGAUAAGGACUCCUUAGCCUCUCCAGGUACCAACAAUGAGGCCUUCAACCAUUUCCCUGGUGAUCCCGAGUUUGCAGAUAUUAUCCAAAGGGCGGAACAAGCCAUUGAGAGCGGUGUCUUUCCGGAAAGGAUUUCCCAGGGUUCCAGUGGGAGUUACUUCGUCAAAGAGCCAAAGGGGACAGUCAUCGGUGUUUUCAAACCAAAGUCAGAAGAGCCCUACGGUCACCUCAAUCCUAAAUGGACCAAAUACUUUCACAAGCUCUGCUGUCCAUGUUGUUUUGGGCGAGGGUGCUUGUUGCCAAACCAGGGUUACCUCUCGGAGGCUGCCGCUUCGUUGGUUGAUAGCAAACUCGGCUUGGGCGUUGUGCCGAAAACCAAGGUGGUGUAUUUGGCUAGUGAGACGUUCCAUUACAGUGCCAUCGAUAGAGCCAAAUCCAGAGGGAAGAAGUAUGCUUUGGAGAAAGUUCCCAAAGUGGGACGGCGCUUUCACAGAGUGGGUCUGCCACCGAAGGUGGGCUCAUUUCAGCUCUUUGUGGAGGGCUACCGCGAAGCCGACUAUUGGCUGAGACGCUUCGAGGCGGAACCUCUGCCCGAGAACAUCAGGAAGCAGCUCCAGUCCCAGUUUGAGCGGCUGGUGGUGCUUGAUUAUGUCAUCCGAAACACAGAUCGGGGGAAUGACAACUGGUUGAUCAAGUACGAGAACCCAGGAGAUGGCGAGGGACUGAAGGUUCCAGAGUGGCCGGAGAACAGUCCGGAGACUUGCAUCAAGAUAGCGGCCAUCGACAACGGCCUGGCCUUUCCCUUCAAACACCCCGAUGAAUGGAGAGCCUACCCCUUUCACUGGGCGUGGCUCCCCCAGGCCAAGGUGGCCUUCUCCCAUGAGACCAGAGAGUUGGUGCUGUCCCGUCUCUCAGACAUGAAUUUUGUGCAGGACCUCUGUGAGGACCUCUAUGAGAUGUUUAAGAGAGAUAAAGGUUUUGACAAGACCAUGUUUGAGAGACAGAUGUCCGUCAUGAGGGGCCAGGUGCUGAACCUCACCCAGGCACUCAAGGACGGCAAGAGCCCGCUCCAGCUGGUGCAGAUGCCCAGAGUGGUGGUGGAGCGCAGCCGAUCAGGCGGUCAGGGUCGUGUGGUCACACUGGGAAACGCCUUCACUCAGACCUUCCACUGCAAACGUCCUUUUUUCUCUUCUUGGUAGAGAGUAGGAACAUCAGCCACUGUGGGGUUUUCUUUUUUUGUGUUUUAUUUUUUUUUCUUCGGAAAAUUUUGUCCCAGUUGCAGAAAGUGAGGGAAACGGAUGAUAUUUAACUUGAUGUAAGAAAGAUCUCUCUAAUGAAGAAUGUUUUUUUUUUGAAGAACUAGAGCUUCAGCUUGCACCCAGCAUAGUGAUGUGAUUGCAGAGAACGCUCGCGUCUCAGAGAAAGUUUGGAGUUUUUGCCAUGGUUACUCAAUUGGAUGCUACUUUAUAUGGCUUGUCUUUGUUUAGACCAGGGGUGGGCAAACCUUUUGACUGGCGGGCCGCAUUCAUUUAACAAAAUUGACGGGGGGCAGACUCAAUAUUUUACACGUAACAGUCCAGCUGGAAUUAUUGUAUCUGUAAAAGUGUCAUGCAAUCUGCUUUAUGGGCACUUUGAGAUCAUUUAUUUGAUGUAAAGUAAGUUAUAAAUUUAUAAUAAUAAAUUUAUUAUUAUUUUUAUUAUUAUUAUUUGUUAUUAUUAUUAUUUGUAUUAUUUGUUAUUAUUAUUAUUAUUUGUAUUAUUAUUAUUAUUAUAUGCCUGUGUCCCUUUUUUCAGGAGCACUUUGUAAAUAACAGACCACAUCAAAUAACGAAAUUAUUGUAUCUGUAAAAGUGUUAUGUAAUCUGCUAUGUGUGCACUUUAAGAUCAUUUAUUUGAUGUAAAGUGCGUUAUAAAUUUAUAAUAAUAAGAGUAAAUUUAUUAUUAUUUGAUAUUAUUUGUUAUUAUUAUUUUAUAUUAUUAUUUUAUUAUUAUUAUUAUGAUGUAAAGUGCAUUAUAAAUUUAUAAGAAGAAUAAAUUUAGUAUUAUUUUAUAUUAUUUGUUAUUAUUUUAUAUUAUUAUUAUUUUUAUUAUUAUUAUUAUGUGCCUUAUGUGCACUUUGAGAUCAUUUAUUUGAUGUAAAGUGCGUUAUAAAUUUAUAAUAAUAAGAAUAAAUUUAUUAUUUAAUAUUAUUAUUAUUAUUAUUAUGUGCUAGUGUCCCUUUUUUCACUUUGUAAACAACAGACCGCAUCAAAUAACGAAAUUGAUAAAACCGCCAAACCAUGAAAAUGUCGUCUCAAGCCAUGAUGCCAGCUUGUAUGUUGACUUUAAAUGAAAUACUUUGGAAAGAACGGGCGGGCCGUAUUCAAACACUUGGCGGGCCGGAUGUGGCCCCCGGGCCGUAGUUUGCCCACCCCUGGUUUAGACACACAAAUGAGUUUUUUCUGUUGUUUUUGCAGUUACUCCAAGUAUAUACAGCACUUACAUGCUCCACUAAAAAUAACCCCACCCUUUUGGUCCACCAUCAUUGCACCAGAAAGUGCAUUUUGAGAAUAUAAAAUCCAAAAACAGUCACUUUGUUUGCCUUUUUUAUGAAUACCUUUUUAAAAUGUGAGUGUAUGACUAGUUCCACUUAAGUGAGUUGCCCUUAACCCAGCAGUCCUUUGUGAAAUCUGUAGAACAAACACAAAGCCUGUGUCUCCAACACUCGCUACUGCCAAAACUGCAGAAGGAGUUUUCAGAACCUUGAAGAAAAAAUACCGUUGUUGAAACUUGAAUAUGAACCUCCAUCGGAGGACUUGGGAUAAACUGUGUUGCUUGAAUGUAAUGUUUACUCUUUCUACUCUUUGAUUCUUGUUAGGAAUCUUUUCCGAAAAACAUUUCAAUACGAGUAAAUGCUAUUAAAAACGAUCUGAAUGUAUGUGGUUUUUUGGACGUGUAUUUACACUGCAGCAUGCACCCCUUGUGGAAUACUACAUAAAGAGGAGGGUGAGCGCCAUGGUGUUUUCUUAUAUGUAUGCAUCUUGACGUUUUUAUUGCAACAUAACGAUUGUAUGAGCAGAGCUGUAUAUUUAACAAAAUAAAUAAACUUUGGGAAA